AUGCCCGCCAUCAUCUGUUCGACGGUGCUGCCGUGGCUCGUCGACGUGCUCCCGUCGCCGCUGUUCAAGCGCCUGCUGCCCUCGCACUGGGUUUUGGGAAGAUCAUGGGGUGAACCAUCCAAUGCCCGCCUUUCCUGGACGUUUGACUUUGUCGUCGUCGAUCCCACGCGGCCGUGGUACUGGAGAAACGUGGGCAUUUUUUCGCAGAGAGACUAUUGGGUGCGGGCGGACGGGCGGAUCCUGGCGCAGUGAGGAGCGUGUAUGAGUUUUGGUAUUGUAUAGGGUCAAGGAGUAGUGACUCUUUUUCCUGUUACAAGCCGGUAGCAGCUAUUACGGGUUCGGGGGCCAUGGCAACAAGGAGUCUGCUUACAGCCUCGCCUCUUUAAUCUAGUACGAUCGUUUUUCCUUUCUCGGCCAAGGCAUCUAAUAAUUACGGGCAUGUUAGCAUGCCUUUUCUUUACCUAGAUGCUAAUGGUUAUUGCUUAUUUUACAAGUUUCCUAGCUAUUCGUGGAAAUAACACUGAGGACCAGAACGGUGACCGGGCAUCCGGAGCUCGUGGUCAGGACGGACGGAAAAGACCGGUCCACAGAGUAGCCCACGCUCCCCUUUCUUUUUUUUCUUUUUCUUUUUUUCUUUUUCUUUUUUU